UGGGGCUCGCAGGCCAUGGAGAAGCUUCGGUGGGCCCUGAGCGACCAGGACAAUGAGGAGCUGGGCCUGACCACGCAGGUCCUGGACUCCACAUCCCUGAGUUUCAGCCCCAGAUUGAAGUGUUUUGUGAUACGCUUCAUGGCUGGCAUUUUCUUUUCUAUCCUUGGAACUGGAUUGCUUUUUGCCGUGUUUUACAACCUUGGGAAUCUUUCUGCAUUAGCCAGUACUUGCUUUCUGAUGGGACCCAUGAAGCAGCUGAAGAAGAUGUUUGAAACCACAAGGUUGCUUGCAACAGUUAGCAUGCUUCUGUGCCUCGUCUUUAUCCUGCAUGCUGCUCUGUGGUGGCACAAGAAGGGACUGGCCUUGUUAUUCUGCAUAUUGCAAUUCUUGUCCAUGACGCAGUACAGUCUGUCCUACAUCUAUGCACGGGAUGCUGUUCUUAAGUGCUGCUCUUCUCUCCUGAGCUGAGUGUCCUAGCGUGCUUUUACAGGACAGAAGCAUUGGCGUGCUGAUAGACUGUGUGUGAGAUAGUGCUCAUGGACAUGCUGUGUCUGAAGUACACAGUUCCCAACAGAGCUGUCAGUCACUCCAGAGCCAGCCCUAUGGAGCUGAAGACCUUCUCCUGUACCAGUGA